AACCUUCUGCAGUCGAUUUGCAUGCCACCAGGACCCAUCUUCCAAUUUGUAAGAUGAGGAGCCCAGCCUCGAGCAACUCUGCAUGACUCCGACCAGCAAUCGCAGACCACAAAGAAUAAUGGGGCGGGCCAGAUGCGGACACCUGUGUUGUAAGCUUAUCUGGAGGAGAAGCUUCAUGAUGAGCAAUCCACAAGUGCGGAAUAUGAGGAAGCUGCCACACUGUUACCAUGAGGGAUACCUGGAGAAAAGGUCUUUUAAAAAUGAGAAAUCCCACAAACUGUGGACGUGCCUGUGCGGCAGCACACUUUUCUUUUUCAAGGACAAGAGGGACACUGAGUACCUUGAAAAGCUGGAUCUCAGAGGAUCGGUUGUUAUCACAGAUAACGCGGUGGAUUGUACUAUGGAUGCAGCCAGCCUGAACCUCAAAACCAAAGAUAUCACCAUUGGACUUUCUGCUCCAAACGCAGAGGCUCGCGAGCUUUGGAAAGGCUUCAUUCAAUCCGUAGUUGAGCUGUCAGUGUCUUCCUCACUCAACCUGCUGCCUGGACUAAUGCUAAGGCUGGAAGAUGUGGUGGAAAAGGAAAAGAAAAGGCUAAAACAUGUACCUGUACCAGUUGACCCUGUUGUGGAAAUGCCAAACUGUUUCCACCCAGUGUCUCGCUUGGAGGCGGAGCUUCUUCUGGAGCGAGAGGCCAGCAAAGGAAACUUGCUGUUAAGGCCCAACAGGGACGGCCAUGCCUUUGUUAUUAGCAUCAGAGAAAAACUUAAAGGCCCCAUAUACAAGCACUAUAGCCUGAGCCGCAAACACAACGGUAGUUUCACCAUCGAUUUGAAAGAUCCCGUCACCUGCGCUUCUCUACCUGAUAUCAUCAAGUACUUCAUGGACGUCACAAAAGGCAGUCUAACCCCUCUAUCCAGAGACGACAAAUAUGUGCAGAACUUCUCUUACGUUAACUUUGAUAAUGAAAGUGGAGAGAGACUAGUGCAAAGUUAUUCUGCUGAACUGGUCAAACCUGAUUUCUCAACCAAACCAGAACUCAAAGUGAAAGCUGAGGAGAAACCAAAGAAGCCUCCAGUUCCUACACCUCGCAAAUAUCGCCCUCCUCCCAAGUUGUCGUCAGCUGGUCAACACGUGAAAAAUAGACCGAGAUGAGGAACCACACGUGUGCUAUGGGUCAUAGUAUGUCCAAAUUGUGACACGCAUUUGCUCUGAUAUUCUGACAUUGAUUGAUUGAAAUCAUAGUACUUAACCCUCUAAAUCAGUGGUCCCCAACCUUUUUGUAGCUGCGGA